GUCUAAGUAGCAGGGGCGGGGCGGUGCUGGGCUAGUGCCACUAGGAGCUGGCGGCUGGGGACGCGUGGGGCGCAGCCGGUGCUCUGAGAGGUGGGCAUUCAGGCGGGCUUUACUCUUGGGCUCUGAAACCAACUAGAACUAGGAAAGCUGGGACCCAGUUUAAGAGGAGGAGCUCUGAACCUGUGCGAGCACAGACCCCGUACCUUUCCUGCUGUGCCCUCUCCUUUUCUCACUGCCCUGGAGACCAGCGGUGAUCUUCCGACAAUUGGCCUCAUAUCCCCAUCCCCACCGCCAGUCCCAUCUAGAGUCAGAGGCCCUGCAACUGAUUUUAUCCCACUGAGCUAGUUUCCCCAAGCUUUUCCAGCUUUCCAGGGCCGUCUCUUAACCCUUCUAUACUCCCGCCCCCGACGCCGGGACUCCUGGUCUGAGCCCCAGGCUGCGCCUCCACUGGUUGGCCCUGCUGGCAAUAGGGCCCAAUGCACCCAAUUCUCCCUAAGUGUGCUCUGCCCUUAAGGAGUCACAUCUCAGUGGAGACCAGGUGCCAGAUAGCUGUAUGCUUCAUUUAAGGGAGCUCAGAGGGAUCAGGAAAGACUUCCCAGGAGAGAGGACCUUUGACCAGGUUCUGAAAAGAUUGGGUAGGAUUCUGACAGGGGAGAAAGGUCAUUUCAAGCUGAUGAAAGAGUAUGAACAAAGUUAGGGAAGUGGGAGCAAGAAUUCAGUAAGCCUGGCCGGUGAGGUACGGGUCAGGGGGAAACUCAGGAAAAUAGCUGGUGUGGGCCAGGUGUUUGGACGCUACAUAACCUAGGAUUUUAGGGAGGCGAUUGGGGUCUGGGAUCAGGGAUGGUAAUGGAAUGAGACUGAAGGCAGAGGCCACUAAGGAGGAGGAGGGUCUAAGUUAGCACAGGGUGGUAAGGAUUAUGCAAUAGGAACAGGCUGUCAAAGUACUGGGAAGAGGAACCGGCAGGGCUGUUUCCACUGUGUGAAGGAGGGGGGAAGGAUUUGAAGACAAGUGGAGGAGGGGGGAAGGAUUUGAAGACAAAGAGGUCAGAUUUCGAGUAGAAAUCACGUGAUUGGGAAGAUUUGCAGUAAAGUAACUGGAAGGGGAGGAGGGAUGCUGAGUUCAGUUCCGCGAGCGUGCGUGCGGCUUGAAGCACUGGCAGGAUGUCCAUAUGGAGAUAUCAAAUAGGAAGUCAUUCAUUCAUUUAUCUAUAAUUUAUGCCAGCCUCAAAGGCAGGUUACGUAAAAGUCACAGAGAAGAUAAAAUGAUCAAACCAUUAAAACUCAGCUAAAAGGACCUGAUAGCUAGGGAAAAACUUCAGAGGAGAAUAGAUGAUUGUUACUGGAAAACGUUGGCUCAGAAAAGCCACUGAAAAUGAACACCGGACUCAUAGGAGCGUGCUGGCAGCCAAGCAAAGUAAAGGACACCUAAAUAAACAGUUCACUAGGCUGGAAUUCAGGAGAAAGGUGAUCGUGAAGCCUCAGGGGAGAACCAGUGGGUGGUAGGAUCACUCAGGUGGGGAAUGUAGAGGAGAGAGGUCUGAAAGCCAGGCCAGGGCCUUGGUGAUGCUGGCAUUUAAGGAAAGGCUGAUGUGCUCCUGAGGAGGAAGGGCCUCCCUUGGCCUGCAUGAGAGGUGGGGUGGGAAAGUGGGGGUGUGUGGGGUCCAUUCACACCAUUCUUCCUGCAGCGGAACAGGAUAGAAGGUGGUGUGCUCAGUCCCCCAGGCCCUGACCUUCUCUCCUGCCAUGAGGUGGGGCUGCCAUUUGCCUAGGGCCUCUUGGGGCCCUGGUCUGGGAAGAGUACUCCAGCCAGCAGGUGAGCAGGAAGCAGGGGUUUCUGUUGCCACUUCUCCCUUUCCAGAGUCCAGAUGGCACCUCCAAGAGAGAAGGGAUCCAGACACCAGGCAUGCUAGUCCCAGCUCCGUGAUUUACUAGCUGUUGGCCUUGGACAAGUCACCGUACCUCCCUGAGCUUCCUUUUUCCCAUCCUAAACUAAGGGAGUCAGACUAGAUGAUCUUUGAGUGUCCCUGUAGCUACAUAAGUCCAGGAACACUUGUCUGAUUUCAUUUUGCAUUCAAUGAGUAUUUAUUGAGUGCCUGCUACGUGCCAGACCCCAUGCUAAGUUCUAAGUAGGUACUUGUGAACCGAAACAGAUGUGAUCCCUGCUCUCAUGGAGGAAUGGGGAUGAACGGAUCCCCUUCCUGAUCCACUGGAGUUGGCCCCUUAAAGGGGAGCGCCCCCUUGGGCCCCCGAGGGCCUUUAUACGCCAUCACGGAAGCUCAGCGGGCAGUGGUCCCCCAUCAGGGAGGCACGGACAGUUGUUCCAGGGCAUCGCUGCAGCUGAAGCUAUCCAGCGGCACCGCCAGAACCUGGCCGAGUGGUUCAGCCGGCUGCCCAGGGAAGAGCGCCAGUUCGGCCCAACCUUUGCGCUAGACACGGUCCACGUAGACCCUGUGAUCCGCGAGAGCACCCCUGAUGAGCUGCUUCGCCCACUGGCUGAGCUGGCCCUGGAGCAUCAGCCACCCUCUGCUGGGCUCCCCCCACUGGCCCUGUCUCAGCUCUUUGACCCAGAUGCCUGUGGGCGCCGCGUGCAGACGGUGGUGCUCUACGGGACAGUGGGCACAGGCAAGAGCACGCUGGUGCGCAAGAUGGUCCUGGACUGGUGUUACGGGCAGCUGCCAGCCUUCAAGCUGCUGAUCCCCUUCUCCUGCGAGGACCUGUCAUCCCUGGGCCCUGCGCCGGCCUCCUUGUGCCAACUUGUGGCCCAGCGCUACACACCCCUGAAGGAGAUUCUGCCUCUGAUGGCCGCUGCUGGUUCCUGCCUGCUCUUUGUGCUCCACGGCUUGGAGCACCUCAACCUUGAUUUCCGGUUGGCAGGCACAGGGCUUUGCAGUGACCCGGAGGAGUCAGAGGCUCCAGCUGCCAUCAUCGUCAACCUGCUACGCAAAUACAUGUUGCCCGAGGCCAGCAUUCUGGUGACCACCCGGCCCUCUGCCAUUGGCCGCAUCCCCAGCAAGUAUGUGGACCGCUAUGGCGAGAUCUGUGGCUUCUCCGAUACCAAUCUACAGAAGCUCUACUUCCAGCUCCGCUUCAAACAGCCAGACUGCGGGCACGGAGCUGGGGGGUUCUCAGCCACGCCGGCUCAGCGUGACCACCUGGUGCAGAUGCUCUCCCGGAACCUGGAGGGGCACCACCAGAUCGCCACUGCCUGCUUCCUGCCCUCCUAUUGCUGGCUUGUCUGUGCCACCCUGCACUUCCUGCACGCUCCCACACCAGCUGGCCAGACCCUCACGAGCAUCUACACCAGCUUCCUGCAUCUAAACUUCAGUGGGGAGAUGCUGGAUAGCACUGACCCCUCCAAGUUGUCCCUGAUGGCCUAUGCAGCCCGAACCAUGGGCAAGUUGGCCUACGAGGGGGUGUCCUCCCGCAAGACGUACUUCUCUGAAGAGGAUGUCCGUGGCUGCCUGGAAGCUGGCAUCCAGACGGAAGAGGAGUUUCAGCUGCUGCACGUGUUCCGCCGGGAUGCCCUGAGGUUUUUUCUGGCCCCGUGCGUUGAGCCAGGGCACCUGGGUACCUUCGUGUUCACUGUGCCCGCCAUGCAGGAAUACCUGGCUGCCCUCUACAUUGUGCUGGGUUUGCGGAAGACGACUCUGCAGCGAGUGGGCAAGGAAGUGGCCGAGCUCGUGAGCCGUGUCGGGGAGGAUGUCAGCCUGGUCCUGGGCAUCAUGGCCAAGCUGCUGCCCCUGCGGGCCCUGCCCCUGCUAUUCAACCUGCUCAAGGUGGUUCCACGUGUGUUCGGGCGUGUGGUAGGUAAGAGCCGUGAGACAGUGGCCCAGGCCAUGGUGCUGGAGAUGUUCCGAGAGGAGGACUACUACAAUGACGACGUCCUGGACCAGAUGGGUGCCAGUAUCCUGGGUGUGGAGGGCCCCCGGUGCCGCUCGGACGAGCCCACAGAGGAUGAGGUCUUUGAGCUUUUCCCCAUGUUCAUGGGCGGGCUUCUCUCUGCCCAUAACCGGGUAGUGCUGGCUCAGCUUGGCUGCCCCAUCAAGACCCUGGAUGCCCUGGAGAAUGCCCAGGCCAUCAAGAAGAAGCUGGGCAAGCUGGGCCGGCAGGUGCUGCCCCCCUCAGAGCUCCUUGACCACCUCUUCUUCCACUAUGAGUUCCAGAAUCAGCGCUUCUCCGCCGAGGUGCUCAGCUCCCUGCGCCAGCUCAACCUGGCGGGCGUGCGCAUGACACCCCUCAAGUGCAUGGUGGUGGCAGCUGUACUGGGCAGUGGAAGGCAUGCCCUGGACGAGGUGAACUUCGCCUCCUGCCAACUGGAUCCUGCCGGGCUGCGCACGCUCAGGCCUGUCUUCCUGCGUGCCCGGAAGCUGGGCUUGCAACUCAACAGCCUGGGCCCCGAGGCCUGCAGGGACCUCCGAGACUUGCUGCUGCAUGACCAGUGCCAAGUUACCACCCUGCGGCUGUCCAACAACCCACUGACGGCGGCGGGUGUGGCCCUGCUGGUGGAGGGGCUGGCGGGAAACACCUCGCUGAAACACCUGUCUCUGCUGCACACGGGCCUUGGGGAUGAGGGCCUGGAGCUGCUGGCUGCCCAGCUAGACCGAAACCAGCAGCUACAGGAGCUGAAUGUGGCCUACAACGGCGCUGGCGACACAGCGGCCCUGGCCUUAGCCAAGGCUGCCCGGGAGCACCCUUCCCUGGAGCUGCUGCACCUCUACUUCAACGAGCUGAGCUCAGAGUGCCGCCAGGCCCUGCGGGACCUGGGGAGCACCACUGAGGGCGGUGCCCGGGUCGUGGUGUCGCUGACAGAGGGGACAGCAGUGUCCGAGUACUGGUCAGUGAUCCUGGGUGAAGUCCAGCGGAACCUCAACAGCUGGGAUCGGGGCCGGGUCCGGCGCCACCUGGAGCUUCUGCUGCGGGAUCUGGAAGAUAACCGAGGAGCCACCCUUAAUCCUUGGCGCAAAGCCCAGCUGCUUCGAGUGGAGGGCGAGGUCAGGGCCCUCCUGGAGCAGCUGGGAGGCCCUGGAAGCUGAGACAGUGGCAGCAGUGUGUGUCCCCUGGCCCCAAGCCGCUUCUGUCUGUGGCCUCCUAGCUUGCACUACCGCUUCCAGAAAGAUCCCUUCGGGGCUGGAGGCAAAGGAAUGGGCACCGCUGUGCCAGUUGCUCUCCUGGGGCAUGUCCAACCAGUGCUUCCGAGUCUGGGGUUUUCAGGGUCGUGGAACACGCUUCCCCUCCCUUCGGCUAGAAGGACUGAAAGAUG